AGUAGAAUAGGAACACCAUACGGUCACUAUGAGGGCUAUCGUUUGCACACUACUCUUUUUUAUUCAAAUUUCUUUGAACUAUGGAGCAUUUCCUUUAAUUCAAUAUAAAUGUUGGAUAUGGGAUUCUGCGUGUCUGACGGCGCGAGCGCAAGCCGUUACACCCAUUUUAACAGCAGGAAUUCCUGAAAUAGCAACAGAGCGAUUAGACCCUAUGUUCAUUGACUUAGUUCAUGUUGAAGAUCGUGAAGGACUCCAGUUUGAUAUGCGAAAUGUGUAUAUCGAAGGGUUAAAAAGAGCAACUAUUGAUAAAGUCAGCGUGGACAUGAAUUCACGUAUAAUGCGACUAGCCUUCCAUGCAGAUUUCUCAAUAAAGAGUUCGUAUACAGCUAGUGGAUAUUUAUUUUCUUUGCCUAUUAUUGGACACGGCAAUUUUGCAAUGAAAUACGAUGACGUCCUAAUUGACAUGAUCAUACCCUUCGAAAUAACAAAGGACACACAAGGCAAGAAUAUUAUGAAUCUAAAGGAAUACCAGUACUGGUAUGAUGUGAGGGGCGGUGGUCAAUUCAAUUUGGGUGAUUUAUACUACAAAGACACAGUCACAAGUGAGAGAAUGCACGCGAUUAUUAAUCAGAAAUGGAAGACUUUUUCGGUGUUGUAUGGCAGAUUUAUGUUUGAUAAGAUCAACGAUAAAAUUUUUAAUGCAAUUCGAACAUACAUACGCUCGCAAUCAUUGGAUAACAUUGUUUUUUAUUAAAUGUUGUUACUCAUAACUAUAAAUAACUAACUAUAUUCUCCAAACUAUAUAAUCUAAUAAUAAUAAAGGUACUACGAAUAUAAA